AUGAUUUCGAGGGACUUUUCGCUCCGGCCUCCUGUGGACUUGGGCGAACGCGAAUUGUAUUGUGCAGAACUGAGCCCCAUAAAAGAGCAAUGUGCCACGAACCGCAAGCUCUGGCAGGCGCGCAUGGAUUCUCUUCCCCAAGCACGCGUACCACCCGCCCGAGCCCGCACUCCAUCCUCGAACGAAGCGCACUACAGGAGCAUAUUCCCACUCACCGUUCCCCCCAUGCUCUCUCAUCACUCGCACCAACAGCAGCAUCAACCCACCCGUCCGUCCUCGUCCGGAUCCAUAUCUACCGGUCUGUUCUCCCCCACGGGAAGCACGAGCAGCGCGACGACCAACACCGCGAGCGCGAGUAAAGAACCGAGCGCGGUGCGAGCAGCCUAUCACGCAAGCGUGAGGAAAAAGAAAAGUUUCCAUCAUGUGAGCUGGAAUGCACACAGUACAAACGUCCCGGUUCCGCCUAUGCCCUCACCUCGCGGAGGGAUGUAA